AAGCUCCCCGUUUGCCAGAUACCCCGCGAUGUUAAGACACGCUGGAACUCAACGUACAAGAUGUCGAAGUUUGCUCUUGAAUACCGCAGCACCAUUGACGCGAUCACCGCUGACAAGUCCCUGAAGCUGCGGAAGUACGAACUAGACAAAGAAGAAUGGCUGAUUGUCGAGGAGCUGAAUGUGAUACUUAAGGUAAACAAUUUGGCUUCAAUGUGUAAGUGUUCUGCAAUCAUCUCGUAUACUCCACUUGCUGGAGAGGGCCAUGGCUGGCAGUACGAUCCCAUUGGUUUAGACACAUUGAGGCGUGAAGAAUUCAUUAUUUCCCAUUUUCACUGUCUAGUUGCUGUCUGA